GAACCGCUACCUUAUAACGGAUCCCACAUCCGCGCAACCUAUCAAGUUCGAGAAUGGCUUCCGCCAUCGCGUCCGCGGCUUCUGCCACUGCUCCCUCCGCGGACUUGACGCGCGCGCAUUUGCGCGCAACUGGUGCCGCGCACGAGCGGUCCCCGCGGGUUAGCUCUCUCGGAAGCAUCGAAUUUGGUCGUUCCGGCGACUUUCAACGCGGUAGCGGUAGCAGGAAGAACUUAAGUCGCAGCAGCAGCGGCCUCAGCGCGCGUCGGCAGAGACACUCGCAGCGGCGAUGCGUGGCAGCGGCAGCAGCAGCGGACUCGACAGGCGUGGAGUGGGACGAUCAGGGGCCGUCCGAUGUGAAUCCGACGGACCUGAGUGAGAGUGAAGAGGAGCGGGGGAGGGAGGGGGGGUGGAGGGGAGGGAGGAGCGAGGAGGAGAAGGCUCAGAGCGACAGCCGACAGAAGAUAUUCAAUAACAUUGCUCCGAUGUAUGAUAAUCUCAACGAUUGGCUGAGUCUGGGGCAGCACCGUGUGUGGAAGCGAAUGACAGUUGGUUGGAGCAGGGCCCGUCCAGGCGAUAGCGUUCUAGACAUCUGCUGUGGCAGCGGCGACCUCUCCUUCCUGCUUGCAGAGAAGGUGGGCCCCACCGGGCGGGUCACCGGGCUGGACUUCGCCGCCCAGCAGCUCGUAGUCGCCGCCCAGAAGCAGCAAGAGAGCUACUCGGCGCGCAGGGUGGACAUGAGGUGGAUCGAGGGCGACGCUCUUGACCUGCCCUUCCCCGCCGCCACCUUCGACGCCGUCACCAUGGGUUAUGGGCUCAGGAACGUCACCAGCAUUCGGCGCGCGCUGGAGGAGAUUCGGCGCGUGCUCAAGGAUGGUAGCUCCGCAGCCAUUCUGGACUUCAACCACACGGAGGACCCUCUUGUGGCUGCAUUCCAGGAGUUUGCCCUGCAGGGGGCGGUGGUGCCAGUGGCUCGUCUGUUCGGCCUGUCAGAGGAGUACGAGUACCUGCUUCCCUCCAUCCGCCGCUUCCCCACAGGGCGGCAGCAGGAGCAGCUGGGAAGGGAUGCUGGCUUCUCCAAGGCAGUGCAUUAUGAGAUCGGAGGGGGGCUCAUGGGCGUGCUUGUGCUGCAGAAAUGAUUGGUUUAGAUACCAAGGGGCAAGUCCAGCAGAGGGCUACGAUGUACAAGAGAUUAUGUUUAUGACCAACGUGUACACGAGAGAAAUCACUACUGUGGCGUGACCCA